AUGGAUUUGGGGAGCCUGCAGACAGUGGUGGCCAACUCUGCCUAUAUCUCGGCUCGGGGCAGUUUCGAUGGAUCCGCCAACCUGCAGAUGACCAGGGAUAAGAAAUAUCGAGCCAAGCUGAAGCUCCCUCACAUCACCCAGAGCGAAACGCUGAAGGAGCAGAUUGACUUGGCCUUCGAUAGCAUCUGUGUCAAGCAGCCCAUCGGGAAGAAGCUAUUCCAGCAAUACUUAGACUCAGUGGCAGAGUACAAACCGGCCAAUGAACUCUGGAAGGCUAUUGAAGUGUACGACACAGCAGAAGAUGAAGACCGUCUCGAGAAAGCUCGAAACAUUAUCAGCAAGUUCUUGGAGUCCGGGGCUGAGCUCUUCUGCGGUUACUUGGAAGAAAAGAGCAUCUUGAGAGUGAAGGAAGACUGUGAGAAUGUCAGGGAGGACCUCUUCAGGGAGUGCAAAGAGUCGACCAUGAAAUUCUUAAAGGAGGACAGUCCUUUCGAGCAUUACAAAGAGAGCAUGUAUUUCAUGAGGUUCUUGCAGUGGAAGUGGCUGGAGGCUCAACCCAUUGGGGAGGACUGGUUCCUGGAGUUUCGGGUCUUGGGGAAGGGAGGGUUUGGUGAGGUGUCUGCUUGUCAGAUGAAAGCCACAGGGAAAUUGUACGCUUGUAAAAAGCUGAACAAGAAGAGACUGAAGAAGAGAAAUGGAAACCAGGGAGCGAUGGUGGAGAAAAGGAUUCUUGCCAGGGUGCACACUCGAUUCAUCGUCUCGCUGGCUUACGCCUUUCAAACUAAAGCGGAGCUGUGUCUGGUCAUGACCAUCAUGAAUGGCGGUGAUUUGAGAUAUCACAUUUACAAUGUUGAUGAGAACAAUCCAGGUUUUAGUGAGGAAAGAGCCUGUUUCUACACAGCUCAGAUUGUGUGUGGCAUGGAACAUCUUCACCAAUCCAGGAUCAUCUACCGGGACCUGAAACCAGAGAAUGUGCUACUCGACAAUGAGGGUCAUGUGAGAAUCUCUGAUCUAGGACUCGCUUUGGAAUUGGAUGAUGAUCAAACUAAGAUCAAAGGCUAUGCUGGAACUCCAGGUUUUAUGGCACCAGAGUUGCUUAAAGGUUUGGAAUAUGAUUAUUCUGUCGACUAUUUCACACUGGGAGUCACAUUGUAUGAGAUGAUCGCAGCCAAGGGUCCAUUCCGGUAUCGAGGGGAACAAGUUGAGAACAAAGAGGUGAAACGGCGGAUUUUGAAUGACCCAGUGACUUACUGCAACAAGUUUAGUGAACCAAGCAAGUUGUUCUGUGAGGCUUUGCUGGAGAAAGAUCCUGAAAAGCGCCUUGGAUUCAAGAAUGAAUGUUGUGAUGAAAUAAAGGCCCAUGCCUUCUUCAAGAGUAUCAACUGGAGAAAACUUGAAGCUGGUAUACUUCCACCUCCUUUUACCCCAGACUCUAAAACAGUGUAUGCAAAGGACAUUCAAGAUGUUGGCGCUUUCUCAACUGUGAAAGGAAUUACCAUUGAAGAUGCAGACAGAGAGUUUUUUGAUGAAUUUGCAACUGGCAACAUCCCUAUCCCAUGGCAAGAGGAGAUGAUUGAGACUGGUGUGUUUGAUGAGCUCAACGUGUGGGGGGUUAGUGGUGGAUUACCAAAUGAUUUAAGGAGAGGAUCAAUUCUGGAAAUGCCUCCCUCCAAAUCAGGAGUCUGUUCUAUUUCUUAAACAAGGAAAUAAAUUGUUGCAGGCUCCAUAUUUUAAGGAGUAGCAUGGAUAAGGUGUAAGAUGAAGCAUACCGUUGAAAACCCAACAUCUGUAAGUACUGUAGUGAGCCUCAAACACUGCUUGGGACAUUGAGAGACUGUCAGAUCCUAGCAUUAGGCCAAGCUAACUACAGGACAUCUGGGCCAAUCACGAAUUGCUGGGAAAUAAAAAUCACAAGCUACUAUCACAGCAAUUAUGACGGUUGCGAAUUCCCUCAUCUGGUAAUCCCUCUGUCUAUUGGUCAUUUCCUGUUUUUUCACAUCUGCAGUUUAUCCCCUUUAUCCCAGCCUAAUUCCACCACCUCAGCUGUGAUUUUAGAAGGGGAUCCGUCAUCAGCGACAACCUCCUUUUCCCAGUUGGAGGGAUGGCAGAUUCAGAGUUUGACUCCAGCCCAGCCCAGGUUGUUAGGACCAACUGAGACAGUCUUGACACUGAUUAAGCCCACUUCUCACUUUGAGGGGACCACUCUGAAAUGUACUCUCUUGGAAAAAAAACAAUGAUCCUUCCUCUUCAAUAACAAUCCCAACUUGAAUCCUCUGUCACCCGCUCCAUUUCCUCUAAUUGGGGCUACCGCCAGUUACUGAAAGCUUUAUUCAACCAUUAAUGGUGCAACUCCUAACUCCACUGCAUGUCCCUCUCUCAACCUGAAAAUUGGUGUACUCCUUUACGGGAGUUCCCAACAUGGUUAGCAGAUGGCAAAAGCCAUACUGAAGUUGCGCAGUAAUAGGGUCUGCCAACAUUAUGCCAUUCCAGAAUUCCCUAUGUGGAUGAAGGACCUAGGAGCCUUUAGGUCUCUACCUGCUUUACAAAAUAUUCAGAUCAUUCCCAAGAAUGUGACAAUGGGAUUGCACCAGAAGGCCUGAUGGGGGUGGUUGUCAGCCUGUUUUAAUAGGGAAUAGCUGAUAAAGAUAAUGGCGUAGUGCCAGUAUUACUGGACGAGCAAUCCACAGGUCUAGGCUAACGGGACAAGGUUCAGAACCUACCAUGCUAGCUCAUGAAAUUUAAAUUCAUUCAAUCAAUCAAUCAUCAGUUGUCAUAAAAACCCAGAACAAAACCAGAAGUUUCUGGAAAAGCUCAGCAGGUCUAGCAGCAUCUAUGAAGAAAAAAACAUCAGAGGUAACUUUUCUGGUCCGGUGACCCUUCCUCAGAACAGUACUGAGGAAGGGUCACCAGACCCAAAAUAUUAACUGAGUUUUCUUCUUCACAGAUGCUGCCAGACCUGCUGAGCUUUUCCAGAAACUUCUGGUUUUGUUCCUGAUUUACAGCAUCUGCAGUUCUUUCGGCUGUCAUAAAAACCUAUUUGGUUCACUAAUUUUCUUCAGGGGAAGGAAAUAUGCCAUCCUUCCCUGGUCUGGCUGACGUGCGACUCCAGUGCCACAGUGAUAUGGUUGACUCCUAAGCACACUCUGAAAUAGGUCUCUGAACAAGUCUCUCAGUUCCAGGACAAUUAGGGAUGGGCAACAAAUGUUGGCCUUGCCAGUGAUGUGCACAUCCCAUGUGAGAAUAAAUUUAAAAACAAAAACUUAGAUUAUCAUCCAAGCAUUUCAAAAACAGAAAAGCUUUGCAGGUAAAUAGCCUACUAAAAUUUCAAUAGACAGUUUAAAAUAUCAGCUUCAACUGGAAGGACGUUUAAUCAAUAGCCUCAAUUUGGAUUUAAAGUGGAUAAAUUUUUAAAUUAGGAGUCAAGGAAGAUUUUGUUUUUAUACACACACACACACACAUUGUUUCACUUUAAGAACUGCUUAGGCAGAGAUUGUUCCUAAACCCACUGGCAGCAGUCUUGCAAGGUGAAUAAUUAAACAGAUCGAUGACAUUCCUCAUUUGUAUCCUGUAAAUUUACAGGUUUGGGGAUUGAAUUCUGGGUAGAGAAACAACCCUGCUGUCAUUAUCUCCCAC